GGCAGCCGGCUGCAUCAGCGGCGCCGGCAGUGGGAGGAGAGAGGCCGCUGGAAGCGGAGGAGGGACCAGGGGACAGCGGCCCCAGCGCUCUCCGCGCGUAUCUUGGCGGGGAGCAUCGGCCACAGACGAGCACUGCUAUGGAGGAGGACGCCGCCGCCGGCGACAACCUCAGCUUCGCGCCCUGUCGCCGCCGGUGAUCGCGCCGCCACACCGUGGGCUCUCUCCUUCCCGUCGAGAACAAUGAUUCCUAUUACUGAAUUCCGCCAGUUCUCUGAGCAGCAGCCAGCCUUCCGGGUGCUGAAGCCGUGGUGGGAUGUAUUUACAGACUAUCUUUCUGUUGCCAUGCUGAUGAUUGGUGUGUUUGGUUGCACGCUGCAGGUUAUGCAGGAUAAGAUCAUAUGCCUUCCCAAAAGAGUACAGCCUUCGGAGAACAAUUCUCACCUUCCUAAUGUGUCAAAUUUAGUCUCCAAUGCAACCCCAUAUCUUCCACCCAAGCCAUCCACGCCUCCUGCUACUGUUGAAAUGAAGGGUCUGAAGACUGACUUAGAUCUCCAGCAGUACAGCUUUAUAAAUCAAAUGUGCUACGAACGUGCCCUGCACUGGUAUGCCAAAUACUUCCCUUACCUUGUCCUCAUUCACACCCUGAUCUUCAUGCUGUGUAGCAACUUCUGGUUCAAAUUCCCUGGGUCGAGCUCAAAAAUUGAACAUUUUAUCUCCAUUCUGGGGAAAUGCUUUGACUCUCCUUGGACAACAAGGGCUUUAUCUGAAGUUUCUGGAGAAGACUCCGAAGAGAAGGACAACCGGAAGAACAACAUCAGCAGGUCAAACACUGUCCAACCAAGCACAGAGGGGACUUUGGUCAAGACUCAGUCUUUGAGAUCCAUACCUGAGAAGUUCAUUGUGGAUAAGGGGACACCAGGAGCUCUGGAUAAAAAAGAAGGGGAACAGGCCAAAGCAUUGUUUGAGAAGGUGAAGAAGUUCCGUCUGCAUGUUGAGGAAGGUGAUCUGCUCUACGCUAUGUAUGUGCGGCAAACUGUGCUGAAAGUGAUUAAAUUUCUUAUCAUUAUUGCAUACAACAGUGCGCUUGUUUCAAAGGUUCAGUUCACAGUAGACUGCAAUGUUGACAUACAGGACAUGACAGGCUAUAAGAACUUUUCUUGCAAUCACACUAUGGCGCAUCUGUUUUCUAAACUUUCCUUCUGCUACCUGUGCUUUGUAAGCAUCUAUGGAUUCACAUGCCUUUACACUUUGUAUUGGUUGUUUUACCGCUCACUAAAGGAAUACUCAUUUGAGUAUGUCCGGCAAGAGACUGGGAUAGAUGAUAUCCCAGAUGUCCGAAAUGAUUUUGCAUUUAUGCUCCACAUGAUAGAUCAGUAUGACCCUCUUUAUUCCAAAAGAUUUGCUGUGUUUCUUUCUGAGGUCAGUGAAAACAAACUGAAACAGCUGAAUCUAAACAAUGAGUGGACUGCGGAUAAACUGAGACAAAGAUUACAGAUGAAUUCCCAUAACCGUUUGGAGCUACAGCUCUUUAUGUUGUCUGGACUUCCCGACACAGUUUUUGAAAUUACAGAGCUUCAAGCUUUGAAAUUAGAAAUAAUUAAUAAUGUCAUGAUACCAGCCACCAUUGUACAAUUGGAUAAUCUUCAGGAGCUCUCAUUGUACCAGUGCUCUGCAAAGAUCCACAGUGCAGCCUUGGCAUUUCUGAAAGAAAAUCUGAAAGUCUUGAAUGUCAAAUUUGAUGACUUCAGAGAACUGCCACCUUGGAUGUAUGGACUCAGGAAUUUGGAAGAGCUGAGUUUAAUUGGUUCUUUGAGCCAUGAUAUUUCUAAAAAUAUAACUUUGGAGUCUUUUCGGGAACUAAAGAACCUUAAAGUUCUGUACAUUAAAAGCAAUCUGUCCAAAAUCCCUCAGUCUGUGGUCGAUGUUUCAAGUCACCUUCAGAAAAUGUGCAUUCACAAUGAUGGCAGUAAACUAGUGAUGCUCAACAACCUGAAGAAAAUGACAAACUUGACGGAAUUAGAGCUAGUGCAUUGUGACCUGGAGCGCAUUCCCCAUGCUGUUUUCAGUCUUGCCAGCCUCCAGGAAUUAGACUUAAAGGAAAACAAUCUCAAAUCAAUAGAGGAAAUUGUUAGCUUUCAACACCUUAGAAAACUUACAAUCCUAAAACUAUGGCACAACAGUAUAACCUACAUCCCCGAGCACAUAAAGAAGCUCACUAGUCUGGAAAGGCUUUCGUUUAGUCACAACAAGAUAGAGGUCCUCCCAUCCCACCUCUUCCUAUGCAACAAAAUUAGAUACUUAGACUUGUCUUACAACGACAUCCGGUUCAUUCCCCCUGAAAUUGGGGUGCUACAAAGUUUACAGUAUUUUUCAAUUACAUGCAACAAAGUGGAAAGUAUCCCAGAUGAGCUCUAUUUUUGCAAAAAACUCAAGACGCUGAAAAUUGGGAAAAACAACCUGUCCGUUCUGUCGCCUAAAAUUGGGAAUCUGGUAUUGCUGUCCUACUUGGACAUUAAAGGAAACCACCUGGAGUUUCUCCCCCCUGAACUUGGUGAAUGCAGAGCUCUGAAAAAGAGCAGCCUGGUGGUUGAAGACACCUUGUUUGAAACCCUGCCUUUAGAUGUCAGGGAGCAGAUGAAGGCAGAAUAACUUUAGUUCUCUUAGUUUUUUUACAGCAGGGGUGGGGACCCUGUGGCCAACUCCCAUUAGCCCUAGCCAGCAUGGCCAGUAGACAGGGAUAAUGGGAGAUGUAGUCCAGCAGCAUCUGGAGGGCCACAGGUUCCUCUUUCCUGCUUUGCAGAAACACAUCUCUGUCAAAUGCCUUGUACACCACAAGCUAGCCUGAAUAUGCCUUUUAAAGUCUAUUUUUUAUUAUUUUAAUGCUCCCUUGGACACAAAGUUUUCCGUAUGGACAUUUUUGGACUAGGUUGUUUAUAGGUAUUUUUAUAUAAAUUUUAUUUGGUUUACCCCACCCCACCCCAGUGUUUGCCAUUGUUUUCAUUUUUAUUUUGCCUUGAUUCUAUGGGUCCCUGUAGUUCUUAUUUUGUAUCAGGGUAGUCAAAUUGUUUGUUUGCCUUUAAAAAAUGGGGCUGUCCAAAAAUAGGGUCAGUAUGUUUGAAGGUGUUUAAUGCAGGUAACAUAUGUAAGUAAGUAGAUGAAUGUACAGUUGCUGUAGCAACUCUUAAUCCAUUCCAUUCUGCUUUGUGAACCAGCUAAUCCAAGGCUGGGGAACCUAUGGCUCUCCAGAUGUUGCUGGACUCUAACUCCAUCAUCCCUGACCAAUGGCCAUGCUAGCUGAGACUGAUGGGAUUUGGAAUCAAGCAUCAUCUGGAGGGCCACAGGUUCCCCAUCCCUGGUCUAAUCCUUUAAGGUGGUAAGUGCCCUCUGUCUUUUUUUCUUUUCAUCCUAGUUGUUGUGGGUAACUGUAGCUCCAGCAUGUCAGACUGUCCUGUUCUUGAGGUUUCAUUUUGACAGUGCAGUAAGGCAGCCCAUCACGGAUGAGAGGGGCAUCCUCAUCUCUGAUUGUGGAUUGAGAAAGAGCCUCACAGAACAUCUAUUGUUGGCAGUAGAAGCCUUGUUCUCUUGAAGAUUCUGUAUUUUAAAAGCUAAUUAUAAUCAUAUUUUUGGCUAGGAUACAGCUCUCUGUAGUGAUGUCAUGUCUUUGAGUCACCGUCUCCGUCUAUGGGAUUUUCAGCCAUGGUCAGAGCCUCUAUUAGAGAUUCUCUUCCGACAAAAGAUUGUAUGUAACUCUUUCCAAAUGUGUGGAUGCUCUCAAAUGUUUGCAAGUAGCAAUCAUGAAUGUUAACAAAAUCAAUGAAUGAAUCAGCACAGUGAAUCAGCAGAAUUAAGGUUGUGAACUUCCUAUUGAAUGCUUUUUGUGAUUCUCCAAGGGCAAAUGUACCCCAAACAAAAUAUAUAUUAGAUUAAUACUGGUUUAAUUGUAAUGGCUUACCCCCAAGAAUCCUGGGAAUUGAAGUUUGGUGAGGAUGUUGACAAUUAUAUUAGGGAUUCUCCUAACUUCUCUUACAAAACUACAGUAUCCAGGGUUCCCUAGGGAUAGGGAGUGAUAUUUUUGUGAACUGCUUUGCACUGUUGGAAAGGAAGUAUACAGAUAAAUUGAUUAUGAUGAUAUUACUUGCCAAACUGUAAGACAAAGUCCUGUUAGAAAUGUCCUAGUUAAGAAAAGCUGUAACCUUUCCAAACUAAAGCUGUGGACUGAUUUAUGCUUGCUUGGGAAGAAACCACUGAACUCAGCAAGGUUUACUUUUACCAAAACAUAUGUCAUAUUACAGAGAAAAUAGAAUAUUUGCGCUUAAACUUUAUCAGCAUUGAGUGGUGGUGGAAUAUUUACACAAGAUGGAAUGUGUUUUUAUAUUGAAGUUAAUAACGAUUAUUUAGGUGAUAAAACUGGAGGUCUAUAAAACAAGUAUCCAUAGUACAAAAUCACCUCCAUUUAGCAAGGUUAUCUGCAUAUGGAUGUAUGUAGCAAUUGUGAAUAUGCUUGCACAUUUGAACGUAUAUCCUUAUCUACAUCAUAAUACUCAUCUAGGCCCCACUGAAAUGAACAGAUGGAUUUUUUUAUGUGGAUGGGGAUAUAUAUCUCCAUAUGAAGCCACAAAGUAUCAUGACUAGUUGCCUAUGACAGCAUUCAGAUGUUGAGGGCAAGCCUAGGUGAGCCUUAGACCCAUUUUUUAUUAACUGCAGCUUCCCAUUUCUGCCAAUCUCAACCAACCAUGGUUUGGUUGAAAGAAGCCAAACUUCAGACCAGGGAUUAUGAAGCUGGCUUGUUUGAACAAACCAUAGUUAAACACACUUUAGGGUUCAGAUAAAGCUGAACUGUGUUUAGUCAAAAAUAGAAACAAAAGGUUCCGAUCUCCUUGCGGCCAUGCUGGAGGAAGAGAGAGAUGGGCUUAUUCCUGUCAUGAUAAACUAUGGUUUAUAAUAAUAUGUUAAUGUUACCCAUGACUACAGCUGGAUCAGAGCCUGACAUAUAUAUGUAUUACAUUCUUUUGUGGGCGAUCCUGCCACUUGCUUGCUAAUACUUCUGGAUAUCUAUUCAUGUUGAACAUGCCACUGACACUGCAAUUCUAAGCAUGUUUAUUCAAAUGUAUGACUCACUGAAUUCAGUGCUUUCUCCCUAGCAAGCGUGCUUUGCCAUGCAGUUCUGUACAAGUCUACUCAAAAGUACCUGUGACUCAGACUUCAGUGGGGCUUACUCCCUCGUAAGUGGGUAUAGAACUGCAACCUUCAUAUAUCAGGCUCUGGGGCAAUUGUCACUGUGCUAUCUAAUAGCUCAGUUUUGAGGAGGUGGAUGCUUAGUAAUAAACUUAUUAAAGUGCCAGUGGUCAAAAAUAGCCCUCCCCUGCCUGCACAUAAGAAGCCUAAUUCACUUUUGCUGAAAGAGGGUCCAACUGUGAGGAAACUGCAUCCAUCACAUGGUACUUUGGGCUGGAAUGUUCAUGUAAAAGUAAGUUAUAUUUGCACACGUACUCCUUCACUGUCAGCUGCACAGUAUGCAGUUGCAUCAUGCAUUCUGGAAGAGAAUUCCACCAAAGGUGCUUAUGACUUCUGAUACAACAUCUCUCCCGCCACCUGCCAUGACAAACAGUGCAUGAUGUGGUCAAGUUAUUGUUUGGGGUAGAAUUGUAAUGGAGUUUGCUAUGGAGUGGUUGUACAACCCCAGUGCACCUCCAAGACCAGAUUUAUACUCCCAUUAUUUGACAAGCCCAUGUGCAGUGAACAGUGAGAUGUUAUUUUGCCCCUGAGUAUUUUAAGGAUUGUUAGGCACUUAACUCAAUCUUUAGGUUUUGUCUUCCUUGUUAGCUUUCUUGAACUGGAAGCAUCUAGUGUAUGGCCAAAGCUCUCAUUUUGUUUACAUGUUAGAAAAACUUUCUUUACAGUACUUUGAUUGGCUUAAAAUACAAUCCAUGUUAUUCCUACGAGGACAGAGUUGCAUGAAGCAAUCAAAGUGUGUCUUCAUAAAAUGGUUCGGUAAAUAAAAAGAAUAGCUUCCUUAUACAUGUAGCUAUUGCAUAUGCUCUUGUUAUUACAUAAGGGGAGCACUGCUGCAUCAGACCAAAGGUUUAUCUUGGGGUGGGGAAACUUUGACCCUCCAGAUGUUGCUGAACUACAACUCCCAUCAUCCCAGGACAUUGGCCAUGGUUGCUGUGGCUGAUGGGAGUUGUAGUUCAGCAACAGCUGGAGGGCCAAGGGUUCCCCACACCUGAUCUAUCUAGUCCAACAUCUUGUUUCUUACAGUGGUCACUGUGUGCUUUCAAGAAGCUCAUCACCAGUUAAUGAAGUCCGCAGCCCUCUUCUGCUAUUGCUUCCCAGAAGGGAUGGAAAGAUCUCGCUUCUCAUAGUUUCUCAUUUUUCCAAAUUUAAAUUCAAUUCUGCCACAAUUUCCAGUUUUUUUUAAAUCCUCACGACAAUUCGUCAGCAUAUUAGUGCAAAGUUCUCCUAUAAAACUCUUUUUAUGUGCAUUUUUAAUAAUGUAUCCAUUUUUGCAAGCCAUUUCUCCUGAUAUAAUGCAAUUUUGUAUGUUAUUUUCACUGCUAUAUUCAUUUAUAUACAAAUUGUUCUCUAAUAUAUGCAUUUUUAAAAACACUGGUUGGAGAACUGCAUUGCAAAAUUCGGAUAAGUGUGAAUUUUGACCUUAUUUCAGUUCUCACGUUUUGGAAAGUGCAAAUUUGAUAAAUUUGGCUUUAAAUGCAAACCAAGUCAAUUUUUCCCCAUUUCCCAGCAAAUGGUAUUAAGGCAAGGAAUGGUAAUGGGAAAUUUGUGGCUCUCCAGAUGUUGCUGAACUCCCAGCUCCCAUUAGAUCCAUCCAGGCUCCCAUCCUUGUAUUCAAAGAUGUGUUUAUUGCUUCUGAAUCUAAGGGAGGCAUAUCAUAUCAGCUCCAGUCAGCAUGGCCAAUGGUCAGGGAUGACGGAAGUUGCAGAACACCAUGUUGGGGAAAGCUAGUUUACACAAUUAGGGCUGCAGCCUUAUACAUCAGGGAUGGGGAAUCUGCGACCAGACAUUUCUGUACUUCCCUGACCACUUGCCAUGCUGGCUGGGGCUGAUGGGAGUUGGAGUCCAGUAACAUUGAGGGCCACAGAUUCCCCAUCACUGCUACAUGUAUUAUUCUGAGAGUUCAUCCCACUGCACUGAUAGAUUCAGACAUUGACUCGUUACUAUGAAAACAACAUCCAGCCAUGUCAGCCAAGAAUUCCAUCUUUUUGGUAAUGCUUCCUUGGUUCAUUCACAUAAUUACCAGUUUUAUACUGGUUUAACUUCCAUGGCUUUCCCAAAGAAUUCUUGGAAUUGUAGUUUGGUGGGGAUACUGAGGAUUCCUUGUUAGGGGUCCUUCCAUCCAGUUCUCUUAGAAGGGGAAUGAUGAUUAAACCACUUUAAAUCUGAUAAGCCAUAGACUUUCUGUAUGAAACUGUAAACCUUAAAAAUCAUUGUUAUAUAGAUUGUAAAAUGAAAUCUCCAAUUUUAUAUCAGUGGACAAUCCUGCUCUUGUUUUGGUGGCCACAUAUGCUAGGAUGAAACUCCAGUCCUGCCAGCUUUCUCCCUCCGAUUGAUUUUCUUUCAACUCCCUUCAUCCUCCGCUCAAAUGUGUCAACAAGUCAGAGGUUGAACUGAAACACCCCAAGCUAAAAUAUUCACAUAAGUGGGACACUUUUUAUGGUUCUGAAGUUUAAUGGGAUGUGAGGAAGAAAGGGUUUUUUAAGUAUAAAUCUAAUAGACCAAAGUGGUGGUGUUGCUAAUAAAUGUAAACUGUUUAAUGUUGCUGUUCAACCAGUGACUUCUGUGGUUGCCUAUCAUAGAUUAGAAAUCAGAGAUUACAGUAAGGAUGGGGGUGUCAAGGGGAGAGGGACAAUGCAGACUGAGCCCUAAAAUGUGGUUCACUUUCAUAGGUGCUUGACUGCAAAUGGCUGCUUAUCACAAAUGAAACCUACUAGAAGUGGUAAAGCUGAAGGGUGCUGCUUAUGUUCACAUCCACCCCAUACAUGUAAAGCACUCUUCUGCCACUCCAACAGUCAUGGCUUCCCCCAAAGAUUCCUGGGAACUGCUGUUUAUGAAUGGUGCUGAAAGUUGUGAGGAGAUGUCUCACAGAGCUACAGUUCCCAGCAUCCUUAACAAACGACAGUUCCCAGGAUUCUUUGGGGGAAGCCAUGACUGUUGAAGUGGCAGAAGAGUGCUUUAAAUGUAUGGGGGGCUGCAGCCUGUGCUUUAACCAGAACAAAACCAGGUUGCCCCAGUGUGUCGGGUGUAGCUACUGUGCACUGUAUCUACAUGUGAAUAAGGCCUGGUUCACACAAUCAUUAGUUCGAAAUUCUGUAUGUAUGUGAUACAUACACAUACCUGCAUAGAAGGACAUCAGGAUAACCACAAUUUCUGCAAUGUUUCCAUUACUACUACUUCUACUACAACUACUUUAUUAUUAUUAUUAUUAUUAUUAUUAUUAUUAUUAUUAUUAUUGCUUUUUUGUGACAGUACUUACCGUUACAGAGUACUGGUAUCUCUUUUUUUUGCUGCCCAUGGCAGCCAUUAUGUGUGGCACUCAGCGCUUUUAUCCAUUUGUGAGUACCGGCACCUCAUUUUUUAUCAAAAGAGCACAUGAUGUUGAUGAUGAUUAAACAGAUGUGGGGAAUUUUUGGCCCUUCAGAUGUUGCUGAACGACAGCUUACAUCAUCCCCAGCAAGCAUGGCCAAUGGCCAGGGAUGAUGAGAGCUGCAGAUCAGCAACUUCUGAAGAGCCAAAGGUUCCUUACCUCUGCUGUAGAAGGAGAAGGGAUUGUGUGAGACGUGGAUGUGUCAUGUUCUUCACAUGCUAGCAGGUAACUGCAUGUGUUCACUGCUCCAUUGUACAUACAGAGUUUUUGUCUUGGAGUUGUGUGAGCCAGUUCUAAAAACUACUGCAGUCGGAGAAAGUGUUCAGUACAGACUGCAGUUCUAGCACAACUUACUCUGGAGAACUGCCAUUGACCUCUCUGGAGCAUCUUCAAAACCAGUGGAUUAAAGAGUGUGAGCUUCCUUUAAAAUGCCUCUUGUUUAUGUAUGCGUAUUGAAAGUCUUUAUGAUUAUGACUAAGAGUGUAUUGCAUGUAUUUCAUGGCACAUUCAUUUUCUAAACAGAAAUUGCAAAUGCUCAUGUUAGCUAUAGUUAUUAAUGUUUUGUAAUUGCUUAAAAUUACAGGUUUUUUAAAAAAAUUGUUGUGUCAUAUCAUGAAACCAACUCAGGUAAAUUGAUGUUGGACUUUCUUUUUAUUUAUAUUUACUUUUUUGAUGUAUGUGCAAAAUCAUAUCAGGAUAUAGUUGAAAAGCUCUUGCUGAGAAAAAUUCUAAUUUCCUAAUUCUGUCCAAGGUCGAGAAAUUAUAUCAAUGAAGAAGUGCCAUAUGUAUUCAAUCAUUUUGCUUAAUAAAUUACAAACCUAUAUCUGCCUUUAGCUGACCACAUAAAACAUUACAGCAAAUCAUGGCCACCUAGUUUGAAUCAUUUUUUUUUAUUCAUAGCAGUGUAAUCAUAAUAAUGGGCAUUUUGUCCUGGGGGAGGGGAUGUAACAGUUUGUGAAAUGUGCAAUAAAAUGAAGAUCAGGAUAUAUCCAAUCUAACUGCAUUGAAACAAAGUCUGGAAUUUGACCUUGAUCACAGGGAUGCUGUGAUCAAAACCAAACCUGAUUUGCGUUCUCUCCCAUUCUCCCUGGAAUGCAUAAUCUUGGAUUUUGUUGUGAUAGAGGAUGCACAGGAGGAAAGAAGACUAAAUAAAGUCUAUUCCAAACAUAAUGUUUUUGGAACAAAAGCAUUUCUUUUGCCAAUGUACUUAUUCUCCUACAUCCCUUUAUUGCAUAGGUAGCCCUUGUCCAAUUUCUGGCCUAAUUUCAUGAGGGUGACAGAGUGGGAAAGGUGUGGAGGGGACAGAAAGCGAAAAAGAGUGGCCCAGGCCCCUCUGGACCUCUGAGAAGGCCUGAGCCUCACUGCCUGAUAAGGGAGGACUUUGGACAUACAGACUGAAGAUUUGGCAGCCAACCCAAUCCAUGCCUUCAGGGGCUCCCAGCCAUCCCUUCUCAGACAGCGUUCUCUGGGUCACCACCAACCUCUAGCAACAGAAGUAGCAGGCAGCUUGCAAUAAUGUUGGACUAACUCUGCAUUUGUUCUUUGCCAUUGCCUGUGACAACAAUCAGGAAGAAACUGCUCGUCACCUGCAAUGUACACCUCCAGUUCCACUCUUGAAUAUCUGUCUGCAGCCCCUACCCCAAACCCAAGAGUGCAAGAUUUGUGGACAGAGAUCCAGGGCCCCGCUCAGCAGAAUGAGCAGGAGGCCCUAUAAAUGCAACUGGACUGGCUUACCACAUCUUGAAGUCAGUGAUGUAAUAUUCAUUACCAUGAUGAUCAGGGACUGGAAACAGAAGUCCUAUGAGGAGAAACUGAAAGAACUGGGCAUGUUUAGCCUUGAGAAGAGAAGACUUAGGGAAGAUAUGAUAGCAUUCUUCAAGGUUGUCACAUAGAGGAGAU